CAAAUCAGUUUCUGCGGCGCCCAUCAAACUUGCUGGGAUCACAACCAUACGAUAUCAUCCGUGGAUUCUCUGAUGGCCUAGCCUCUUAAGUGCACGAGCUCCUUGAUUAUCGGCCAGCUACAUGCGGCACAACAUAUGCAAGGUCGAGAUAAUUUAUCCGGAGCGGCCGAAAAAUCAUGUCGAGGGUACUCGGAGGGUCACACGCGUUGGCAGCAUGUACACGGUUGUUUGCUGCCAAACAAAGCUGUGUCACGAUUCGUGUUGAAGCUUGAAGUGCAAUCCCACAAGUUCACCUUCUCGUACUUGAACGAAGUAAGACGGUGCCAGCUGCCGUUAUAUCACCUUCAAUAUGAAGAAGAUCCUCAGUCUCCUCCCGCUCGCCCUCGUCGCACCAGCGAUCCUCGCAGCGCCAGCCGAGAACACCCAAGUCGUUCUUGGAGGCACUAGCCCUGUUCAGAACGACCUCUUCCACCUACCAGACGCCGAAAGAGUGCAUGAAUGGUACGAAGACGGAAAGCAAUUCAUCAAACAACACGGGUUAACCUACGAGCUGGUUCAACACCCUCAUUUUGGCGACUACAAGCUCAGGGUCACGGAGCCUAAGCUAUGUGACCCUUCGGUGAAGCAGUACUCCGGUUACCUCGAUAUCACCGACGACAAACAUUUGUUCUUCUGGUUCUUCGAGUCACGCACCUCCCCGGAAGAUGCGCCCCUUGUGAUGUGGCUGAAUGGCGGCCCAGGAUGCAGCUCCUCCACUGGUCUCUUGUUCGAGCUCGGACCGUGUAAUAUCGCAGACGGAGGCGCCAACACGACGUUUAACCCCCACAGCUGGAAUACCCACGCUAACGUGAUCUUCCUCGACCAGCCUAUCAACGUCGGGUAUUCGUACUCUGAAGACGGGAGCACCGUCGACACGAGCCCCGUAGCUGGAAAGGACGUCUAUGCAUUCAUGGAACUCUUCCUCAGCCGCUUCCCCGAAUACUCCACUCAGCCUUUCCAUCUCGCUGCAGAGAGCUAUGGAGGGACUUAUGUCCCGCACAUCGCGAACGUGAUCUACACCGAGAACCAACUCCUUCCUCUUUCGCCCAAUGCGGGACUUGUCAAGAUCAACCUCGCGUCUGUCAUGAUGGGCAACGGGAUGACGGACAACUACGUCCAGAUGGCGUCGAUACCCGAUUAUCUCUGCGAAGGACCGUACCCGAUCUAUGAUGACCCCAAUGGUGCGCAGUGCGCUGCGCUGAGGAGUAAAGUCCCGACUUGCCAGAGGCUGAUCAAGUCUUGUCGUGAUUUCAACUCCCGGUUGACUUGUGUGCCUGCUGCGCUGUAUUGCAACUCUCAGCUAUAUGCUCCCAUCCAACAAUCCGGUCUCAACCCUUACGAUGCGCGUAUCAAAUGCGAUCGUGAGAAAGAUGGGCCUCUGUGUUACCGCCAGAUGGGCUGGAUCGAGACUUUCAUGAACGAUCCCGAGGUGAAAGCUGCACUCGGUGUGAACCCGCAACGCAAGUUCGAGUCCUGCAACAUGGCCGUCAACCAGGCGUUCAUGCUCCAAGGCGAUUCGAUGCGGAACACGCCUCUGUUGUUGACGGACAUGAUCAAUGAUGGCGUCAGGCUGUUGAUCUAUGCUGGUAAUGCGGAUAUGAUGUGCAAUUACAUGGGUAACGAACGGUGGGUCGAACAACUCGAUACCGUCUUCUUGGAGGAAUUCUCUACGGCUCCGACUGAGCAGUGGGUAACGAUGCGUUCUGGAAAGGUCGCUGGUACUGUCCGGUCUGCCGGUGGCGCUGGUUCUGGCGCUGGAAACGUCACUUUUGUGACUGUUUAUGAAUCUGGGCACAUGGUUCCUUACGACCAACCUGAAGCUGCCUUGGACAUGAUGGUCAGGUGGAUCAUGGACAUCCCGCUGACGCUCGAUAUCACGGAGGCAGCACCCCUCGUGCCCUUUGGAGGGAUAUAAAUCGAACGUUCAUUUCACAGACAACCUGUAUUAUUAUAUAAUGGGCCUUACUUAUCGCACUUGACGCUAGAGCUUGAUUGGACCAUUGGUGGCAAACCGCCGUAUAACGUGUAAUGCCUAGGAAUGUUCGUCUAGAACGUUGUUCCAAUUGGUUUAACCUGCUCCUCGUGUU